GGAGCCUGGAGGCAGCAAGCGCCUCCAGAGUCCUGCUAAGUGGAUACAAUCUUGCAUUCUUGAUCCAAGAUUUUGCCCCACAGAAGGGGCCUGUAAUCCUUUGGAGCCCCACCUGUCUGGAAUAGAGGGGCACCCACUGGUCCAGAACCAUCCGUCGAGCAGAAGGAAGGAGCUCAUCUCGGGUGCUGCACAUUACCUGGCUUCCUGUGUUCCCAAACAAAAGAAGCCGACCAAACUGUGCAGUCUGGAAAAUGAUACCCAGAACCGUCACAUCCUAGUUCCCGGAGCCUGUGAAUAUUACCUUAUGUGAAAAGAAAAAAAUUGCAGAUGUGAUUAAGUUAAGGAUCUUGUGAUGCAGAGAUUAUCCUGCAUUAUCCAGGUGGGCCCUAAAUGCCAUCACGAGUAUCUUUUUUUUUUUUUUUUUUUUUUUUGCGGUACGCGGGCCUCCCUCUGCUGCGGCCUCUCCCGUUGCGGAGCACAGGCUCCGGACGCGCAGGCUCAGCGGCCAUGGCUCACGGGCCCAGCCGUUCCGCGGCAUGUGGGAUCCUCCCAGACCGGGGCGCGAACCCGGUUCCCCUGCAUCGGCAGGCGGACGCGCAACCACUGCACCACCAGGGAGGCCCACGAGUAUCUUUAUAAGAGAGAGGCAGGAGACUUGAGACACACAGAGGCCAUGUGAUGAAGGAGCAGAGAGAGAUUUGAAGAUGUGGCCUUGAAAGUUGGAGUAACGCAGCCAAGGAAUGCUGGCAGCCCCCAGCAGCUGGAAGAGGCAGGGAGCGAAUCCUUCCAGGAGCCUCUGGAAGGAGCAGAGCCCUGCCAACACCUUGAUCUUGACCCAGUUAAACUGAUUUCAGACUUUUGGCUUCCAGAACUGUGAGAGAAUAAAUUUCUGCAGUUUUAUGCCACCCAGCUUGUGGCAAUUUGUCACAGCAAACCACUGGAAACUAAUAUAGAAUCCAUAAAGUGAAGGGGAAACACUUUCUGAGAAAAAAAUGACACCAAGGAAUUUAUUGCCAGCAGACCAACCCUGUGGAUUCUUAACCACUGCGCCACCAGGGAAGCCCCCAAUCCUGUCGGAAAUGUGAAAAUAAGUUAUUUAGUCAGAAGGAAAAUUGGAUCUCCAUAAAGAAACCAAGAGCCUCAGAGAAAGAAUAAAUGAAGCGUGCUGCUGGUGGGAUGUGAAUUCCCCCAACUGGGGACUGAACCUGGGCCUUCGACAGUGAGAGCUUGGAGUCCUAACCACUGGACCAUCAGGGGAGUCCCAGAGCAUAAAUAUUCUUAAUCUUAAAGUUGACAGCAGACACGGCAGGGAUCCAGAGAAAUGGCCGCGCCUCCUGGAUGGAUGAUCACAGGCCCCAGGACCGCGGUGCGAACUUGGGCUGUGUGGUGACUGCAGCCAGAUUCCAUCCCCACCCCUGCCUCCAGGAUGCCCCAUUAGACAGGUGACGACCUUGCAAAAACACGACCGGACACAGGGGAAGGGCGAGUGCCAGGGGCUGGCGAGGCUGGGGAGCCGGUGUCUCCUGGGUGCAGAGCUUGGUCUGGGAAGGUUAGGAAGUUGGGGGGGACGUGGUUUGCACAACUGUGUGAACGUACCUUAACGCCACCGCACUGCGCCCUGAAACACGGCGAGAAUGGCAACUUGUAGGCUGUGUGUUCUUUGCCACAAUGAUAAUGAAAAGGUCGUGCUCACUCUGGGCUCUGACGCAAUGAAAACGAAGCCAACAGCGUAGCUGGGAUCGGCUGGUCCGGCGAGGUCCCGCCCCGCCCGGACGGCCACCUGCGCCCCGCUACGGCCUCACCUCCGUGCCCGGCUGCUCGGCCCGGUUCGGGCGCACAGCCCGGGCCGCGCGGGUGGAUCCACAGCCAUCGCCGCGGGCGGCGGAGCGGAGCCGACAGAGCCACCGGCCCCGGGACCAGCCGACCCACCUGGACACCCCGCACCCCGGCCCCGGGGGACACCCCCAUGGCCGCGCGGGGCCCCGAAGCCCCCAGCGGGCGCGCGCUGCGGGACGCGGCAGAAAAUCUAUUUCAGGAACUUCAAGAACAUUUUCAAGCUCUGACUGCAACAUUAAACCUCAGAAUGGAAGAAAUGGGAGGUCGCAUUGAAGACUUGCAGAAGAAUGUGAACGACUUGAUGGUGCAAGCUGGGAUUGAAGGUUCUGCUCAAGAGCAGAUGACUUGAAGACAGAAGACCAGUCAUUUGAAAAUGUGAAAACUGUACUUUUUGAGUAAUAAUGUGCAUAACACGAGUUCUUAUUUUUCGUAUUUAAGAAUUCAUUUUAGUAAAAUAAAAGAUUAAAAGAACAAAGGCAAUGCAAUAAGAAUGUAAUUAAGAAGGUGAUGGGGCUUCCCUGGUGGCGCAGUGGUUGCGAGUCCGCCUGCCGAUGCAGGGGGCGCGGCUUCGCGCCCCGGUCCGGGAAGAUCCCACGUGCCGCGGAGCGGCUGGGCCCGUGAGCCGUGGCCGCGGAGCCUGCGCGUCCGGAGCCCGUGCUCCGCAACGGGAGAGGCCACGACAGUGAGAGGCCCGCGUACCGCAAAAAAGAAAAAGGAAAAAAAGGUGAUUAACCACUUAACAAAGAUGGUUGUAAAAUGGCAGAGCACUUUUCAAUGCAUACCUAAUAUUUGUAAAUCAUGGAGGAAAAGCAUGAGUUAUAUUAGGUCAAUUUUUUUUUCCAGAAUUAAGUUCUAUAUAGAUCCUUCUUUAAAAUACCACAAGCAGUUUUCUGAUAGAAGUUGCCUUUUUUUUUGGCCACUGCAGCAUGUGGGAUCUUAGUUCCCCAACCAGGGAUCGAACCCACACCCCCUGUAUUGGAAGUGCAGAGUCUUAACCACUGGACCGCCAGGGAAAUCCCAGAAGUUGCUUUUUUAGUAACUGCAUUCCAAUGCAAUAGUUCCAGUCACACAGUUUUGGGGAAUACUUCGUUUAAUCUGCCCAGUCCAAGCAAAUUCUAACAGUAUGUUCUCCAAACCUAAGGAAACCAAAUCCAAGGACAACCAAAGAAACAGGUGAUGCAGGAGCUCCAUUAUUGCUUCCUGGGACACCCUCACCCACUCCAGCCCCCAUAGAGGUAGUUACCAAGGAGAUGCACAAAGAUUGCACCUAAGUUUACUUUGUCAGUUAGAGAUGCUUUCAAACAAUUGUUCAAUUCACCUGUCUCUGAGCCAGAGUACAAAUAGAGCUAUGAUCACCUAAAAAGGCUCUCAUUGUAAAAAAUAACAUUAUUCCUGCAUAUAAAAUAAAUCAUACUCUUUACACAAAAGUCAAAAUCACUCAUCAUUCUACAAUUUAG